CGAUAUCAAUCUGGCCACCCUGCAGACCUCACUCGAGUCGAGGUUAAAUAUCGCGCAGUGAAGAAAUUCGUGUGUGAUUCUUGUACAAAAUUGCUGAAAAUAUCAGUAAAUAGUGUUACAAAUUGUAAAAAUUGAAAGAAUUGUGUGCAUUAGUGCCUAAUAUUUUCGGAGGAAAAACAUAAACAUUGAAGGCUGUAGUUUCCUCGACGAGAUACAUCCAUCCCACCGUAUGAAUUGUAAAUCAUUGUAACUUGGAAAAGUUGGAUCACCCGCCAGUGAAAAUCGGGAAAAAAAGUGAAUCGCGAGGAGUGUUAUGUGAAGAAAAAUAACCUGGAAAAAGUUCGCUUGCGUUGGUAUCGAUCUUUGCCUAGUGAUUGUUGUUUUCCAGUAGAUUGUGUGAAUAGUAGGAAAACUGCGAGUGUGUGUCUGUAUCUGGAAAUAUUCAUUUCAUCUUUGCGGAAUUGUUCGACUUAGUGCAGAUAAUUUUCCACGAGGUGAAAAAAAUAUCCACGCAAGAGUUAAUUUACAGAUCAUGCUUAAAGUAGACCUAAUCAAGUGCAGCAACUAAUUGAACUUAUUAACAAGAGAGCAGAAAGUAAUGUCCAGCGGCACAACCAGAUUUCAUAUGCCCCAAUCGAUCACGAAACAGGAUAUUCAGAAGGAACACCAGUCGGCAACGGUAGGAAGUACCACAGGAGGCGGCAGUAACGUUGGUGCUAACGUACUAAAGGUGUUCCAGAACCAACACCAAUUUAUUGUCUCCAAGGGAACGUCCAGUGCUGGAAAUAAUGGUGCCACUGGGACAGUGAAGAGCUCUGCAACCUCGGCGGACUAUGUUUCUAGUAGUGGAGGUCUUGAAAUGGCAGACACAGGUAACGGUGAAGUAAAAGUAGUGAUAAAAUCGCAAAUGGGCGCGGGAACAGAUCAGGACUCGAUCGAACAACAGGAAGAAAGUAUUAUCGCUGCGCUCUAUCAGCAACAGCAAAAAAAUCUGUCGAAAAAUGGGAGCAACCGGCUGUCCUCGCAGCGGUCAUCUCCGGUUUCAUCUCCGUCGCCACCACCCCAGCAGCAGCAAACAUCUGCCACGGCAACGAUGGCGAGUCAAAAACUAAGCAACGGAUCGAACACAACGGCCAAAAUGGGUGCACCGGCGACUGCAUCGUCGGCCUCGGCUGGUGCCGGUAGCAACAGUGCUGCGAACACAGCCAAUUUUCACAAUUUUAUCGGGCGGCUUAUUAGCAAGGACAAUAUGCUGCUCAUUAGUGAGGACAUUAUCGAGGUUGGUCGGAAUUCGUCCAAGUCGCAGGUGGACUUUCAUGUGGGCAAGAAUAGUUUUGUCUCGCGGAAACAUUUCAUAAUCCAGCAUGACAUGAACGACGACUUUAAUUUGUUCUGCCUUAGCAAGAAUGGAGUCUUCAUCGAUAACGUGUUCCACCGGAAGUGUGCCGAACCGUAUAAAUUACCCAAAGUUUGCAGCAUUCGCUUCCCCAGUACAAAUAUCAAAAUCCAGUUCGAGAAUCUGAUCGAUCAGGCAAACAAUGGCGGCAUUUCGAUUGAUCUGAAUCAACAUACCCCGAUCAAGGUGGGUACCGGUUCGGGUGGUAGUGCAGCUGCGGCAGCCGCUAUUGCCGCUGUCGGAGGCAAUCUCACCGUUGGAGUCUCGAGUGGCAACAAGUCCCCGUCGUCGAAUGUCAUCUACUCGCCGCUGAAGAUUUCCAUUCCUGAGCAAAGCAGUGGCGGAAAUGCUAAUCUGGCAGUGGACAUUCGAGGUCACCAUCCGGGAGGUGGUGGAGGUGGACGUGACAGUGGCAUGCACAUCGGUGGAAGUGGAUAUCCAUCUCCGACGGGAACGAUCAGUGCGGCUAACAGUUGUCCCACUAGUCCUAGGCAAAACGUGCACGAGUUCCCCCAAUAUAGUCACAAUAGUCAUAGUAGCAACAAUAACAAUUACUCCCAGGAAUUUCAAGCACCCGCAUCUCAGUCCAUGUCCGACAGUGAUAAGCCACCAUACAGCUAUGCACAGCUGAUAGUGCAAGCUAUUUCAGCAUCGCCAGAGAAACAGCUUACCCUGUCCGGUAUCUAUUCGUUCAUAUCGAAGAACUAUCCCUACUACAGGACAGGUGCCAACAAGGGUUGGCAGAAUUCAAUUCGUCACAAUCUCAGUUUAAAUCGAUACUUCAUCAAGGUGCCACGAUCACAGGACGAACCGGGUAAGGGUAGCUUUUGGCGGAUAGAUCCACCCAGCGAAUUGAAACUGAUUGAUCAAAGUUACCGCAAACGUCGCCAGCGAGGAUCGCAGUGUUUCCGAACACCGUUUGGUAUGCCCCGCUCGGCACCGGUUUCCCCAAGCUACAUGGAUAAUUCGCGAGAAGGCUCACCGAUCAAUGACGAGUUGCUACUUUCGGCACCUGGGUCCCCUGGGCAGAAUAAUAGCGGUAAUGUCAGCUAUAACUCCAGCAAUCAUGAUGGAUCCCAGAAUUCAUCGUACCAGCAUCAGUAUAGCACCUACGCCAGCACUGGUGACCCACAAGGCAACGAAGUCUAUGAGGACGACGAUCAGGUGGAGUACGACAGCGGCGAUGAUUACGACAUCCCGGCAAUAAAACGCCAAAAAAUGUAACUCACUUCGGGCAGCCGUUUCGAAGCAGUCACACCGACACAAUCAGUGCUCAUUAACUCGUCAGCAAAUACGUGCGGCGUACCUGGAUAUUCCAUGGUAUGUGUCAAAGAUGCAAAGAAAUCAGUGCAUAUUCGGAAGCAUUGACUCAAUCUUAAACACAGAAGAAGAAGAAAAAACAUAUUUUUAAUGCUCUUGAUGGUCUCUUCACGUUCAUUGUCGGUUUGCGAAACCUUUUUAACACACAUCUUUUUCUAUUUCUGUGUUAACCAGUUUUCACGCGUUGGAUAUACAAUGGCAUACUCACAAUGCACAUUCGCAAACAGCACACAAUCACACACACACAUACCAACAAACCACAUGUAACAUUUAUUUUUCCGUAGCAUACACAGCAACAGAAUAAGAUUAGUGGAAGCAAGUAAAUCCAAAAUAAUACAAUUUAUAUAAUUCUAGAUAAAAUGGAAAAUCUGAAAAAGAAAAUACAUUUAAAAUUCUAGUUAUUAAUGAAUGUGAGCAAAAGCAUACAAAUUUAAAGGUUAACUAAUUGAACUCUGAGUAAUUGAGACGAAAAAAAAGUAUUUAGUGUUUAGUAAAAUAUCUCUUUUAUUGAAUAAAAAAAAAACAAAAUAUAUACACAUAGAAAAUCAUUGCUAUCUGUCCACAUGACGACACUGAAAACCAUUUGGAAUGCAGUAAUCUAGUUUAACCAUACAACACACUAUACACAUUCGUAAAGCUGGACUGUGUGGCAAAACAAAACAGAUCGUAGUAGAAUAGGGCAAAUGAAUUUAGACAAAGGAUACACGGGCGUAGCUCUGCGCUUCGUGGCGAUCGAAAAGUGGAAUAGGCUUCCACAGCUAGAUGGACGCGGGAGCUCCAAAAAUAAUGAAAUUAGUGGAAAGAAAUCUUAGCUCUAACGUUACACAAGAAACGGAAAUCAAUCAAAUUGAUUACUACUUUAGUUUAAAAUGUAAGAAAGGAGUUUAAAUGCUCUCCAGCCUGAAUGUUUCUGCUAUACAACUGGCGGUGUUUUAAUUUUUUUAUCUACGUUGAGAUCAGAACGACGGCACCGAAUUCAUGCAAAACCAUAUUGACUAUAGUCGAAGACACCUUUACGGAUCUUUGCUUUCACCCUUGAAUUGCUAAGGAGUUUUAGGUGUAUAAUAAAAGAAAAUAAACUCAGUGGAAAGACAAAUGAAAUGAAAAUAUUGCAGAAAUCAGUGCUGUAUAACUUAAUUGUAUUUGUUUAAAUGUAAAUUUAUUACUAAUAUAAAAUGAGGAAGACA